UUCUUUGGAGGCACCACCGUCUGACUCCUGUCGCCUUGUUUUCCUGUGACGCUGCAGGCAGACUCACUAAAGACUGUGAACUCCUGCACAACAUCCACACUUUGGCGUGUGUCCGUGUAUGCGUGUGUUUUAGGGGAAAUUAACAACCAAACAAUGUGCCUCGCUACCUUUGACGUGACUUAAAACCCCUCUUGAAAUGGAAAAUAACUCCGUAGAAGAUGAGUGCGUGGAUUCGGGAGCAGAAACUGCAGGACAUUAGUCACAAAAUGGACCUCAUGAGGGGUCUGAUUAUAGUUCCUUGUCAUCUACUAGCAGCGACAUGUGGAUGCACGACCUCCAGCGGGACCCCUUCCUGGUGAGCGUGCACUUGAUCGCAGACCCGGGCGAGGGCCGCGUCCUUCAGCAUGCGGCUGACGGCGUGCUGAGGUGGCUCCACCCUGAGCUGCAGCUUUUCAGGGUGUCGGAGCGCGCCACCUCCUCCGAGUGCCCCCGACCCAAGCAGCACCAUAUGCACCGGGGGGGUGCCCCCCAACCGGCACUGGCGGUAAUUUUGUUCCUCUUGCAAGGCGACGGGGGCAGGGAGAAGCUGGGACACCCACCUUGGCAGUACCAUCACAGCGAGAAGGUGAGCCGAGGGCGGCAGUCGGGGGCAGCGUCCACACAGGAUUUUUUCACACUGGGACCCAGCACCCCGCUGUGGGCCCUGAGGAGGGUGCACUAUGGUAAAGGGACACUGCGUUUGACGCUGUACUGUUGCUAUGACAACUAUGUCCACACGGUGCGCUUGUACAAGCGUCUGCUGGGCCGCCGGGUGGCCCACAAGACACCCGACUUCUGCUUCCUGGUGGUGUAUGCCAACCCUCUCCUGGAGGUCCAGAUGGCUUUCAGGAGGCUGCCCAGAGGGAGGAGCCCAGCCCCGCUGGACUCAGCCUUGCUUGAAGUGAGGGUGCAAGAUGUGGGGGCCCUGGUGCCACUCCUGCCCAAUGCGUGCAGGCCCAUUAGUGCCAUGAGGUGGCAGACGCAAGACUACGACGGAAAUCAAAUACUACUGCAGGUGCAAGGUGCUCAGAGGAGCCAUCACCAUCAUCAUCCCCAUCGGGCAACCCCCAACCACAGGGUUCCGCAUCAUCAGGCGUCACUGCGCUCCCUCCCUUUAUGCGGCAACGAGCACUUCUAUCCUGAGUGGUGGUGCCAGGACUGCUGGGGAAAUGGCGGACGCUCCGACUCACUCUUCUCGCUGCCCAACCUUAGCUCAUCACCAGUUCCCCCGGCCAGCCCCCCUCGCCGGGAACGCCGCGGCCGCUCCCUGCGGCGGAGCGCUUCCUUUGUUCCGCCUUUCCGCCUCAACGUGGACACCCUGGUGGGCGCAGAGGAGACGGACGUAGACACGGGGACCACGGUCAGAGCGGGCGGUGUUGACCUCAGCGUGGUGUCGGCGUACGCCCACCAAGCUGGCCCACCAGCGCCCCACUCGCGGCAUCUCGAUCCAGAGCAUGUGACAGCCCUGCCAGAGCGGACAAAGGAUGGGAAAGGCUCCACGGGACCCCUCAAUGGGGGAGACCAUGAAGCGCUUGAAGAAGGCUGCGCAGAGGAAGACCUCGAGGAAUUCUACAUUUGAUGUGUAGCACUAUGCUGCCCCCUGGUGUGAAUUAUUUGGAGUCAUUUAUUUCUGUUGUGCAAGUGGGCGGUUAUCAAGCACUGCUCCAAUGGCUCACACUAAUUUAAAUUAUGCUAAUUUGAUCAUGUACAUCAGUUGCACGAUUUAAAUGUGAUAAAUUAAUGCAAAUUUCCCAUUUUCUUUUUGAAAAUAAUAAAAUGUCACAUUUAACAUUUAA